UGCAAGCCCGGCCGGCCGUGCAACCCCGAGUGUGCGCCCUUAGGCCCGGACCCAGGCGGACAUGGCCUCGGCGACGGUCACAGCAGUCCGGAGGGGCCUGGGUCGGGCCCCUCCAUUGCUCCUGAAGCGCGGCUACCAGACGGAGAGGGGCGUCUACGGCUACAGGCCGAGGAAGCCCGUGCGCCCCGAGCCCGGGAGCGGCCAGGCGCGCGCCCCAGUUGACCAUGGUCUUGCCAGGUUGGUGACAGUCUAUUGUGAACACGGUCACAAAGCAGCCAAAAUCAACCCCCUCUUCGCUGGCCAAGCCGUGCAGGAGCUGGUGCCUGAGAUACACAGCCUGGUGCAAACACUGCAGGGGCCCUUCCACACUGCAGGAUUAUUAAAUAUGGGAAAGGAUGAGGCCUCGCUGGAGGACGUUUUGGCCUACCUCGACCAGGUCUACUGUGGGCACAUUUCCAUCGAGACAGCCCAGCUCCAGAGCCAGGAGGAGAAAGACUGGUUUGCCAAGCGCUUCGAGGAUCUGAAGAAGGAGACCUUCACCACAGAAGAACGCAAACUUCUGUCCAGACUGAUGCUGGAAUCUCAGGAGUUCGACCACUUCCUGGCCACUAAGUUCGCCACAGUGAAGCGCUACGGUGGUGAGGGAGCUGAGAGCAUGGUGGGCUUUGUCCACGAGGUGCUGCGCAUGGCAGCCUACAGCGGCAUCACUGACGUGGUCAUCGGGAUGCCCCACCGAGGGCGCCUCAACUUGCUCGCUGGCCUGCUGCAGUGCCCACCCGAGUUGAUGUUCCGCAAAAUGCGAGGCCUGAGUGAGUUUCCAGAAAGCAUUUCAGCCAUGGGCGACGUGCUGUCCCACCUGACCUCCUCGGUGGACCUGGACUUCGGGGCGCACCACCCACUGCACGUGACCAUGCUGCCCAACCCAUCCCACCUGGAGGCCGUGAACCCCGUGGCUGUGGGGAAGACCCGUGGGAGGCAGCAGUCCCGCAGGGAUGGGGAUUAUUCUCCUGAUGCCACUGCACAGCCUGGGGACAAGGUCAUUUGCUUGCAGGUCCACGGUGACGCAUCCUUCUGUGGCCAGGGCAUCGUGCCCGAGACCUUCACACUCUCCAAUCUCCCCCACUUCAGAAUUGGGGGCAGCGUCCAUCUGAUUGUCAAUAACCAGCUGGGCUACACUACCCCGGCAGAGAGGGGUCGCUCUUCCCUGUACUGCAGUGAUAUUGGGAAGCUGGUGGGCUGCGCCAUCAUCCACGUGAAUGGGGACAGCCCGGAGGAAGUGGUGCGAGCCGCUCGGCUGGCCCUCCAGUACCAGCGCCAGUUCCGCAAGGAUGUGAUUGUGGAUCUGCUGUGCUACCGCCAGUGGGGCCACAACGAGUUGGAUGAGCCAUUCUUCACCAAUCCCGUCAUGUACAAAAUCAUCAGAGCCCGGAAGAGCAUUCCUGACACUUACGCAGAGCAUCUCAUAGCCAAGGGGCUCCUUAUGCAGGAGGAGGUGACAGAGAUCAAAACUUCCUACUUUGCCAAGUUAAAUUCUCACUUGGCCAACCUGGAGAACUACCAGCCUCCUGCCACCCAUCUGCAGGCCCACUGGCAGGGCCUGGUGUUGCCGGCUGCCUGCAUCACCACCUGGAACACAGGGUUGCCCUUGGACCUCCUGCGCUUUGUGGGGGCCAAGUCCGUGCAGGUUCCAGAGUCUCUGCAGGUGCACAGUCACCUGCUGAAGAUGCAUGUCCAGUCCCGACUGGAAAAAGUGAUGGAUGGGACAAAGUUAGACUGGGCCACUGCGGAAGCCCUGGCCUUGGGCUCUCUCCUCGCUCAAGGAUUCAAUGUUCGUCUGAGUGGCCAGGACGUGGGUCGUGGGACUUUCAGUCACAGGCAUGCGAUGGUGGUUUGCCAGGAGACGGAUGAGGUCUACAUCCCACUGAACCAUAUGGACCCUGGUCAGAAGGGCUUUCUAGAGGUCAGCAACAGCCCCUUGUCCGAGGAGGCGGUGUUGGGGUUCGAGUACGGCAUGAGCAUUGAGAGCCCUACGCUGCUUCCUGUCUGGGAGGCUCAGUUUGGUGACUUCUUCAACGGGGCCCAGAUCAUCUUUGACACUUUCAUCUCUGGAGGCGAGGCCAAGUGGCUCCUGCAGAGCGGCCUGGUUAUCCUGCUGCCCCACGGUUACGAUGGCGCUGGUCCCGACCACUCUUCUUGCCGCCUCGAGCGCUUCUUGCAGAUGUGCGACAGCACUGAGGAGGGUGUGGAUGGGGACCUGGUGAACAUGUUCGUGGUGAACCCCACCACCCCAGCCCAGUACUUCCACCUGCUGCGGAGGCAGAUGGUGCGGAACUUCAGGAAACCCCUGAUUGUGGCAUCCCCCAAGAUGCUGCUACGCUUUCCGGCAGCUGUGUCGACUCUGCAGGAAAUGGGACCAGGGACGACCUUCAACCCCGUCAUCGGAGACACGUCUGUGGACCCCAACAAGGUGAAGCGCCUAGUGUUCUGCUGUGGGAAACACUUCUACGCUUUGCAAAAGCAGAGGGACAGCCUGGAGGCCUGCAGGCAGGAGGUGGCCAUCGUGCGCCUGGAGGAGCUCUGCCCAUUCCCGCUGGACGCACUGCAGCAGGAGAUACGCAAGUACCCACAGGCCCGAGAUUUUAUCUGGAGUCAGGAGGAACCUCAGAACAUGGGACCAUGGUUUUUUGUUUCUCCGAGGUUUGAAAAACAACUGGCUUGUAAGCUUCGCCUGGUGAGCCGCCCCCCUCUGCCAACCCCUGCAGUGGGAAUUGGGACUGUUCACCAUCAGCAGCAUGAGGAAGUACUCACCAAAACCUUUGCUUGAGGCGGCCUAGAGAACUUGGGACUUUCUGGGGGAAUCACCCCCACCUGGGCUGCUGCCCUGCUCUCUCCUCCCCAGAGAAGACCCUGCAAAGACCAUUCCUCUGACACUUUGGGCCUGGCACACACAGCUCAGCACUGUGUGGAUGUGGUAAGCUGCUGAGGGCCAGAGUGACAGCACAGUGGGGAAGACGUUUGCCUUAUAUGUGGCUGACUCAGGUUCAAUUCUCAGCAUCCUAUAGGGUC